AUGUCUUUCCAAAAGCCAGAGAAGGAUUUCGGCGAGGGGCCAAAAAUCCACAAGAUCCGCAUCACCCUUACCUCUCGCAAAGUCAACUCUCUCGAGAAGGUCUGCUCUGAACUCCUCGAGCGCGCCAAGUCCAAGCACCUCCGUGUCAAGGGCCCCGUUCGCCUGCCCACAAAGACUUUGAAGGUGACCACCCGUAAGACCCCUUGCGGUGAGGGUAGCAAGACGUGGGACAUGUACGAAAUGAGAAUCCACAAGCGUCUGAUCGACCUCAACGCCCCGACCGAGGUUGUCAAGCAGAUCAUCAUCAACAUUGAGGCCGGUGUCGAGGUCGAGGUCACCAUUGCUGCAUAA